GCCCCCCCCCCCCCCCCUGAAUUAUUUUCUUAACUUGGAACUUCCCUGAAAAUAUCAAAUAGAUUUAGUAUUGUUUAGGUUUCAGGCCAAAUGUUUUAUUUUGGUGAGAUUUAAUUGAAAAAGGGGAAAUGAGAACGAAAACAAGAACUAGAUGACGUUACUACUCAUCUUCCAGAGUGCUAUCAAAGCAGGCACCUGUUCAAAAAGAACAAAGCACGCUGUGGCUUCAGAUCUGGUCAGAAUGUCAAGAAGACCAUUUUCCUCCUAUGAGAGGUUUCAUGAUGGUAACAUCCCCAAACGACAGUGUCCUUUUAGACUGAUCUAUAUCGCCCUGUCGGUGGGGUGUCUGGUGGGGUUGGCAACCUUGCUCUGUUUCUCUAUAAUUGAGAAGAUCAACAGUGAGGAACAAUUCAGUAGAACAGAAGAUUUUGGCAGUAACACAGCAGCGGUUCUAAAUGAGCAGAAGGAGAAAUAUGAACAGAGCAGAGUUGAGCUUGUAGAAAGCAUACCGCUUGAUAUCGACUACGGCCCAAAUGCCACCUUCGGAACUCCACUCUACAAUGCAUGGAAGAACCUUCUCUCCAUGGCAACCAAGCAAGUAGAGGUGGCCUCUUUCUAUUGGACUCUCACUGGUGAGGACAUUCUUGUGAACUCCUCCACGGAUGCACCUGGCAGGGACAUACUGCAGGCUUUUAAAGACCUGCCAUCAAGAAAUGUGUCUGUUCGUGUUGUGGCCAGUGUUACAUGUGUGGCAAAAAACUCAACUGAUCUAGAGGAACUGGAAGAAAAUGGAGUCCAUGUGCGGAAAGUUAACUUCAAGCGUCUUACUAACGGAGUGCUCCAUAGUAAAUUCUGGGUUAUUGAUAGAAGGCACAUAUAUAUUGGAAGUGCCAACAUGGACUGGAGGUCUCUCACACAAGUUAAAGAACUUGGAGUGGUCAUCUACAACUGCUCCAGACUAGCCCACGACCUCAUUAAGAUCUUUAACUCUUACUGGAUGAUGAGCCACAGGAACGCUUCCAUCCCAGAGCCCUGGCCGGUGACCUUUGACACCUUAUUUAACCAUGAGCACCCCCUCCUGGUCAACCUCAGUGGUAUCCCCAGCUCAAUCUACAUCUCGACCUCCCCUCCUUCCUUCUGUCCAGAGUCUCGCUCCAGGGACCUGGACACCAUCUUGUCGGUCAUUGAAGAGGCAGAGCAUUUUAUUUACGUGUCAGUCAUGGACUACUUCCCCACCACUCAAUUCACAUUGCCACCCAGGUAUUGGCCACCUAUUGAUGAUGCACUGAGGGAGGCAGCGUUUAAUCGUCGUGUGGUCGUGCGUCUCCUGGUCGGCUGUGGCAGGAACACAAGCCCAGCCAUGCUACCCUUCCUUCAGUCACUGGAUGCCCUGCGUUACCCUCGACGUCACAUCAGUGUAGAGGUGAGAGCCUUUAUUGUGCCUGUCGGGAAUCACUCUGGCAUUUCAUAUACCAGGGUUAACCACAACAAGUACAUGGUGACAGACAAGGUGGCAUAUAUUGGGACCUCCAACUGGUCAGAGGAGUACUUCCACACCACCGCAGGUGUGGGGCUGGUGAUAUCCCAAGAGGCCCAGAACCAGAGCUCCUCAGCAGACUCCAUUCAGCAGCAACUCAGGGUUGCCUUUCUCCGGGACUGGGACUCGCCGUUCGCUGUGCCUCUGAAUGAACUGCACAAGAACCCUGACUGCAGGAUGUCUAAAGGCUAGACAGCAGAGUGCCCUCUUUUUAAAGUUUUUUUUGUUUGUUUGUUUGUUUGUUUUUUAAAUCACAUGGUGUUAUAUCACAUUGUGUUUUGUGUGCUUCCAUAUAUUAAAUGGCUCAUUAUAUGCAUGCAAUGAUGUGUGAUAUAGUUAAUGUUUUAUGAUUUUAUGUAAUGAAUGAAAAUAAUUAGUCAUGAAUUUGUUAUGAAUAUACAUUUACAUUUACAUCAUGCAUAGAUCUUUAUGGGACUUAAUAUUUGCUGUCAUUUUAAUAUUCAGAACAGCAUUUAUUUUUCUUGCUUUGCAGCCACCAAAUAAAAAGUGAUUAUGAGUA